AUGUUUCUUUCUGUUCGAGCUUUCUUACUUUGUGUGUUUGCAUUUACUACACUCGUUACCUGUCUACCAGGUCGUCAUGGACCAACAAAAGUCACUGGGCUCGGUGUCCCAAUCUCAAAUACGGCCGCGAAAAAUGUGAUUGCGAAUCGAUAUAUUGUGGUGUAUAACAACAAUGCGACAGAUGACGAGGUCCAGACUCAUCAAGCGUCAGUCAUGACGAGCUUGCGGAAGAGGAGUUUGGUGAAGAGGACGUUGGAUGGGAAAGUGUUGAGUAAUCAGAUGAAUACCUUCUCGAUGAUGGGCUGGAGAGGAAUGGCUUUGGAGGCAGAUGAUGGGAUGAUAUUGGAUAUCGCAAGUUCGAGUAUGGUAUCAUUCAUUGAAGCAGACACGAUUGUCAAGACCACUGCCCUGGUUUCGCAAUCCAACAGAACUGCACCUGCAGGCUUGAACAGAAUAUCCCAUGCAGAUGGCUUGGGAACUGGAUAUGUAUUCGACAACUCGUCUGGAAGCGGGAUUGUGGCAUAUGUUGUUGAUACAGGCAUCAAGUUGCCGCAUUCGGAAUUCGCCGGUCGAGCAACAUGGGGAGCGAAUUUUGUCAACACUAAUCAGAAUACGGACGAAAAUGGCCAUGGUAGCCAUGUUUCCGGCACAAUCGGCGGAACCACGUACGGCGUAGCAAAAGCCGUGAGUCUUGUCGCUGUCAAAGUUCUCGACGCAGAUGGAGCGGGAACCAACUCUGGUGUUAUCCAAGGUCUCCAAUUCGUCGCCACGAAUGCUACAGCUCGAAUGCUCUCCGGUAAAGCAGUAACGAAUAUCUCAAUCGGAGGGUCGAAGUCCACGGCGCUGAACAAUGCGAUUGCAGCUUUGACAAAGGCGGGAGUUACAGUUGUUUGCGCGGCUGGGAACGAAUAUGUCGAUGCAAUUAAUACUUCACCUGCGUCUGCUGCUUCGGCUAUCACUGUUGGAGCGAUUGACAGUUCGUCUGAUGCAAAGGCUUCGUUCUCAAAUUUCGGGGCGUCAGUUGAUAUCUGGGCUCCGGGUGUGAAAGUGCAGAGCUUUGGAAUUACAAGCAAUACUGCUAGUACUAUCUUGAGUGGUACUAGCAUGGCAUCUCCUCAUGUAGCGGGUCUGGCAGCCUAUCUUAUGUCGCUCGAAUCACUCACUACCCCAGCUGCAGUUACUGCACGGAUAAAAGCCCUUGCUGGGACUACAGGCUCGAAUGCGACGGGAGUUAGUACCGGCACGACAACGUUGAUAGCAUACAAUGGCGAUGGAUUAUAGAAACUGCAUUACAUUAUAGAACACUGAUACCCAAGCUUACACAAUUUGCCUAUCUUAAAACAUCUCGAGAAAUUCAUGAGAGUAUUGUGUGACAGAAAGACAAACAACGCAGAAUUAUUGAGCUCCAAGAAUUUCUAAGUCGAAAGUCCAAGCGGAUUUCUCCUGAGCAUACAGUUCCCAAAACUUCUCUGCGAUGGCGGGAGGGUUGAGGUACGUGUCUUCUGGGCUGACGACUCCACCAACAUUGAGAAGUGCGAUAUGUAUGU